GCCUCCCCACCAACCUCGCGCAAACCCUAGCAAUGGCGGCGGCCAACCUGCUCUCCCGCUCGCUCCUCUCCUCGCCCACCCCGACCCACGUCUCCCAACCAACCCGCAGCAGCCCCGCAUCCGUCUCCCUGCGCCGCCGCCAUGCACGCGCGACCCCCCUCCGCGCCUCCCUCUCCACCGCCUCCCCGUCCCUGCAGCCGCCGCCGGCGGCCGCCGCGGGGGAGGCGCCCAAGCACUGCUUCCGGCGCGGCGCCGACGGGCACCUCUACUGCGAGGGGGUCCGGGUGGAGGACGCGAUGGCGGCGGCAGAGCGGAGCCCCUUCUACCUCUACAGCAGGCCGCAGGUCGUCCGCAACUUCACCGCCUACAACCAGGCCCUCGAGGGCCUCCGCUCCGUCGUCGGGUACGCCGUCAAGGCCAACAACAACCUCAGCGUGCUGCGUCUCCUGCGGGACCUCGGGUGCGGCGCCGUCCUUGUCAGCGGCAACGAGCUCCGCCUCGCACUGCGGGCAGGAUUUGACCCCACCAGGUGCAUAUUUAAUGGAAAUGGAAAAACAUUGGAAGAUCUUGUUUUAGCUGCUGAGAGUGGAGUAUUUGUAAAUAUAGACAGUGAAUUUGAUUUGGAGAAUAUUGUUACUGCUGCAAGAGUUGCAGGAAAGAAAGUGCCUGUUUUGCUCAGAAUUAAUCCGGAUGUCGAUCCACAGGUUCAUCCCUAUGUUGCCACUGGAAACAAAACAUCCAAAUUUGGGAUCCGUAAUGAAAAAUUGCAAUGGUUCUUAGACUCUAUCAAGUCAUACUCAAAUGAUAUUAAACUGGUGGGUGUUCACUGCCAUCUUGGAUCCACUAUUACAAAGGUUGAUAUAUUUAGGGACGCUGCAGUUAUUAUGGUGAACUUCGUUGAUCAAAUUCGAGAACAAGGUUUUGAGUUGGAAUACCUGAAUAUCGGAGGGGGCUUGGGAAUAGACUACCAUCACACAGAUGCAGUCUUGCCUACGCCUAUGGACCUUAUCAACACAGUGCGAGAAUUGGUUCUCUCACGGGAUCUUACUCUCAUCAUCGAACCUGGAAGAUCCCUUAUUGCUAAUACUUGCUGCUUCGUCAACAAGGUCACUGGUGUGAAAUCUAAUGGUACAAAGAAUUUCAUUGUCGUUGAUGGCAGCAUGGCAGAGCUCAUUAGGCCAAGUUUAUAUGGCGCAUAUCAGCAUAUCGAACUAGUUUCUCCUCCCUCCCCAGACGCUGAAGUAGCGACCUUUGAUAUUGUUGGGCCAGUUUGUGAAUCUGCGGAUUUCCUUGGCAAAGAUAGGGAGCUUCCAACACCUGAAAAGGGAGCUGGUUUGGUUGUCCACGACGCAGGGGCCUACUGCAUGAGUAUGGCUUCGACAUACAACCUGAAAAUGAGACCAGCCGAGUAUUGGGUAGAUGAUGACGGAUCCAUUGCUAAAAUUAGGCACGGGGAAACAUUUGACGACUACAUGAAGUUCUUCGAUGGUCUCUCUGCGUAGCCCCUUCGCGUGAUUACCAUUUUGAGAAGAUCACUCUAAUCAUGUGGCUUUAGCGGAACGUGAAUGCAUAAGGUGAUACAAAUUGCUGUAGUAUGAUCUGGGUUUGCCUUAUUACUUGUGCGAUGGCGUGCUCUAUUCAGUUUGAUAGAUCUUUGGAGGGCGCAUGAUUUUCUUUCGGUCUUGUUAGGAUUUAAUGAAUUUACAUUGAUUAAGGGGUUAAUCCCCGCCUGUAAUGUGGAGGCAGUUGCGACUGUCGCAUCCCUCCCCGUCUGUGUUGACAGAAUAAAUGGCUUUGCCAUAAUCAAUGAAAUCGGUAGUUUGGUCA